UGUAUAUGUACAUACACAGCACGCAAACGCGCCCUUGGAUAUACAUUAUCAGCCGAAUCGAGUCUGAUCAAAACAUGACCUGAGAAAAGAAGACUGACAUAUAAUAAACAACUAGCAAUCACCUUAUCGGCUCCCUAUCUUGCAACCCAAGGUCCCUCCGAAACCCUGACCUUCCUCCAUAAACCGCAUCCACCCGCAUCUGCCCCACCUGCUUUCCAACCCCAACCCCAAACCCCCCCUCCUCCUCCGACAUCGCGCACAAGACCAAGUCUCCAAUCCAAUUCCAACCCGCUGAACAAGACACCAAAACAAUACAUGCACCAUCACCUCCUCCGUCGCACGCUUCAAUCCUCCCCGCGACGUCUUAUCGGCAGUCUACCCUGCCACCUCCUACGCAACGGACCCAGUAGUUUCCUCGCACAACAACGCACCAUGAGUUCGACAUCGCAACAGCCACUACAAGAAUGGCUCGUCAUUGUGCCCGACCAUAAGGAAGCGCUGAGCAAGCGCCUUGCGGUACGGCCCAAGCAUCUGGAAGGAAUGAAAGGAGACAGGGAGGAUUUUUGGCUUUGGGGUGGUGCCAUGCUUGAAGAACCAAUCCAGCCGGGCGACACGAACCCGCCCAAGAUGAAGGGCUCGGCGUGUUUGAUUGGCGCCGCGACGCGCGAGGAGGUUGUGGAGAGGCUGAAGAAUGAUGUCUAUGUUCAGGGCGGGGUAUGGAAUUGGGAUGAGGUGCAGAUUAUUCCGUUUAAGAGUGCGAUUAGGAAGGCUUUGUAGAUAUGGAAGUGAGAUGGAUAAGAAAGGGGGGUGGGGAUGUAGAUGGGGGGCAAUGGAUGACAUAUGGUCGCCAUGCUAGAAGAGCUGGAGUUAACACUUUUGUAAGGACAUAGAGGUUUUGCGGAUGUGUUGAGAAAUAAUUUACACGCUGUAUUGUAGGUCCACUAUCGAAAUGCAUUGACUCCUGUGUAUGUUUGUACACCAAA